CUUGUUUGAGGUUAUAAACAUGCUGUUUUUAUUAUGUCCCAGAAUGUUGCAUGAGUUUAUGCUUUUAUGUUUUCAUACCUGACACAAAGCUAUUAAAGCUAUUUAAAUUGAAAUCAGCUGAAAAACACCAGUAACCAACUGAAUCCCAAAAACAUCUAUGUGAAUCUUUCAGCAUGAAUCAUUAUGUCAGCUAAGGAAAUGUGUAAUAUGGGCUAUGGAACACUAUGUUUUAGGAAGUAAAACUUUAGGAUUCAAUAUCGAGAGAUUUAAACAUGGUGGUUGAACUUCUACCUGAAAAAUGGAAAUGCAUGCAAUCCAUGUUCAGUGCACUUAACAGAAAAACAAGGUAAUUACUGAUAAUGGAUUAAAAAAAAAAAAAAACAGUUUAUUUUGAGGAAAAUAAGGAGUUGUGCAUCGAGGAAUUUGUCUUGACUAUAGUCAUGCGUGAUCAUUUAUGCCUUUUUCAUCUUCAGUGUCAAACUGUGCCUAGUUUCGAGAGUUCUGUUGUUUAGCCUGAUGAGUAAAAUGUGAAACAAGUCAGGCAGGCAGUACAACUUCUGCAUUAAUGACUUUUAAUGGUAUCUAUUUCUCCAAACAGCUUUCCAUUCUCUACCCACUAGACUCCAUUCUGCUGUUAUCAGUCACCACAUGUUGGCCUUUCAAGGAUGAAAAAUCAAUACGGACUCACACACUCAACUCCAUCUCUGUAAAGUCGUCAUUUUCACAAGGAGUGGUGUAUGCAUCAGGGACGGACGUUUUAUACUCUGAGUGAAAACACGGACAGACAUUCUCCUUAAGAACAAUGUCGUCAGAGCUUGAGAAAGCAAUGUUAACCAUUGUGCAGAUCUUCCACAAGUACUCCAGACACAAGUGUAAGCUGAAAAAGGCAGACCUGAAGGAUCUUAUUAACAAUGAGAUGAGCCAGUUUGUUUUGAAAAUUCGGGACAAGGAUACCCUUGACUUGCUAUUUUCUGAUCUGGAUCAGAACGGAGAUAGAGAGAUCGACUUCCAGGAGUUCAUUCCUCUCAUCGCCAUGGUGACAUCAGCGUGUCACGAUCUGUUCAUGACGGAGCAGAAUCAUUAA